AGGAGAGGAGGGGACAUGGGCGGGGCUGAGGCGCUUCUCGUUUCCCCUCCACGCUUAGCGGGGCAGCAGGGCUGGAAACACCUCCCGGGAGCUCUCCAGCACGGAGAGCCGCCUGGCCAAAGGAACGCGCCUCACACUAACCAGGAUUACCAACAAUUCCUGAAAAAUAUACCUGCUCUUUAUGGCAUGUGGCUUGUAACUUUACUCCUGUUGUACUCUCUCCAAGAAGUACACAGUGAGGAUGCUAGCUCUACCAGGCUCUACUUUGUAAACGCCUCCCUGCAGAGGGUAACCUACUCCAGCUCAGUGGGGGUGUCCCUGCCCUGUCCUGCAGGGGGCACCCCCAGCGCCAUACUGCGCUGGUACCUGGCCACUGGUGACGACAUCUACGACGUGCCCCACAUUCGCCACGUGCACGCCAAUGGCACCCUCCAGCUGUACCCAUUCUCGCCCUCGGCCUACAACAGUUACAUCCACGACAACGACUACUUCUGCACCGCCGAGAACCAGGCGGGCAAGAUACGCAGCCCGAACAUCCGCAUCAAAGCUGUUUUCAGGGAACCCUACACUGUGCGGGUGGCCGACCAGCGCUCAAUGCGGGGCAACGUAGCAGUGUUCAAGUGCCUCAUCCCUGCUGCCGUGCAGGAGUACGUCAGUGUCGUGUCAUGGGAAAGAGACACCGUUUCCAUUGUUCCAGGUAACCGCUUCUCUCUGACCUCCUUUGGAGCUCUUUACAUCUCUGAUGUUCAGAAAGAAGACGCCCUCUCCACAUACCGCUGCAUCACCAAGCAUAAGUACAGCGGUGAAACACGGCAAAGCAACGGGGCCAGGCUUUCAGUAAUGGACCCUAGCGAGUCCUCGCCCACCAUCUUGGACAGUUUCCAAGCCGGGGAGGUGUACGCGGGCCAGAGCAUCGAGCUCCCCUGCAUAGCGGGCGGCUACCCAAGCCCAACCGUGCGCUGGCUGAAAGAUGGCCGAUCUCUGCCCUCGGACGCCCGCUGGACUCGGCGCUUGACCGGGCUGACCAUCAGCGACCUUAGGCAGGAGGACAGCGGCAGCUACGCCUGCGAGGUCACCAACAGUUUUGGCUCAAAGGAGGUGUCUGGACAGCUUCACGUUAUAGAUCCACUGCGAGUGACGCUCUCUCCAAAGAACAUGAAAACCGGCAUCAGCAGCACACUGUUCUUCACCUGCACCGUGGAGGGUUCUCCAGAAUACACCAUCACCUGGUUCAGGAAUACCGAACUCAUUGUUCCCGACCAGCACAUUUCCAUGCAGGGACAACACAACGACACGCUUCAGAUCGUGGCAGCACAGAAGUUUCACUCCGGAGCAUACCAGUGCUUCGCUUCCAGAAAAGGCCACACAGCUCAGGAUUUUUCCAUAAUUCUCUUAGAGGACGGUACUCCUCGUAUUGUGUCUUCCUUCAGCGAGCGGGUGGUUAACCCGGGUGAGCCUUUCUCCCUCAUGUGUGCUGCCAAAGGAGCCCCGCCGCCCUCAAUCACUUGGACUUUGGAUGAGGAGGCCGUGGUUCGAGAUUCCACGUACAAGACCAGCCAAUACACCCUGUCAGAUGGCCUGACCGUGUCUCACGUCAACGUCAGCAGUCCGCUUAUUCGACAUGGGGGAGUGUAUCGUUGCGUCGCACGCAACUCGGCCGGUAGCGCCGAGUACCAAGCGCGCAUAAACGUAAGAGGUCAGCCUCAAAUCAGACCCAUGAGAGACAUCACAGCAGUGGCAGGCAGAAACACGUAUAUAACGUGCCGCGUGAUCGGGUACCCAUACUACUCGAUCAAGUGGCUGAAAGACGGCAUGCAGCUGCCUGAUAAUCACCGUCAAGUGGUGUUUGAGAACGGCACCCUGAGGCUGACGGACGUGCAGAAGGGCGCCGACGAAGGGACAUACCUCUGUAGCGUUUUGAUCCAGCCCCAGGUGUCAAUCAACCAAACCGUCCAUGUAACGGUUAAAGUGCCGCCGCUCAUCCAGCCCUUCGACAUCCCCUCUACCUCAGUGGGGAAGCUCAUGUACAUCGCCUGCGUGGUUUCAUCCGGGGACAUGCCCAUACGCAUCACCUGGCACAAAGACGGCCAGCUCAUAGUGCCAGGCUCCGCCUCUGGCGUCGCAAUAGAAACCAAAGAGUUCAUGAGCUCCCUGCAGAUCUCCAAGGUGACACUGAAGCACAACGGGAACUACACCUGCAUCGCCAGCAACGCCGCAGCCAACGUCAGCUGGGAGAGACAGCUGAUUGUCACCGUGCCGCCCCGGUUUGUGGUUCAACCCAACAACCAGGACUGCAUUUACGGAAAAGCUGGAGUUCUGAACUGCUCAGUGGAGGGUUAUCCGCCUCCGAAAGUCAUGUGGAAACACGCCAAAGGUGUUGGAAAUCCACAGCAGUAUCACCCCGUCCCCCUCACCGGCCGCAUCCAGAUCAUGUCGAACGGCUCCCUGCUCAUCCGACACGUCCUUGAGGAUGACCGAGGCUACUACCUCUGUCAGGCCUCCAACGGCGUUGGCUCAGACAUCAGUAAAAGCAUGAUCCUGACUGUAAAGAUUCCCGCCAUGAUCACCAGCCACCCCAACACUACCAUGGCAAGAAAGGGCCAGACCAAGGAGCUGAACUGCACAGCGAGGGGCGAGCAGCCCAUUAUUAUCCGCUGGGAGAGAGGAGACACGGUCAUUGAUGCAGAGAGAAACCCCCGGUACUCCAUCACUAUCAACAAGAAGGGAGAUGAAGUCAUCUCUACCCUGAAGCUAAACCCAGCCGAGCGAGGAGAUUCAGUCUUCUUCUCCUGUCACGCCAUCAACUCCUAUGGAGAGGGCCGAGGACUCAUCCAGCUCACCGUUCAAGAACCCCCUGAUCCUCCUGAGCUGGAGGUGAGGGAAGUGAAGGACAGAAGCAUGAACCUGCGUUGGAUCCAAAGGUUUGAUGGCAACAGCAUCAUCACCAGCUAUGACAUUGAGUACAAGAACAAAUCUGACUCUUGGGAUCACAUGUACACGACCAGGAACAUUUCACCUACAAACAAUCAAGCUAAUAUCGUGGAGCUGCAUCCAGCUUGUGUUUACAGCAUCCGCAUGUAUUCUUAUAACAAAAUCGGCCGCAGCCUCCCCAGCAAAGAGCUAACUAUCAGCACAGAGGAAGCGCCACCUGAUGGGCCCCCGAUGGAUGUUGUACUGCAGCCAAUGACGUCACAGAGCAUACGAGUCACAUGGAGGGCUCCUAAAAAGGAGCUGCAGAACGGCGUGAUCCGAGGCUAUCAGAUCGGUUACAGGGAGAACGGACCAGGCAGCAACGGGCAGUACAGCAUCGUGGAGAUGAAAGCAACGGGGGACAGCGAGGUGUACACCUUGGACAACCUGAAGAAGUUUGCUCAGUACGGCGUGGUCGUCCAGGCUUUUAACAGAGCCGGAACCGGACCGUCCAGCACCGAGAUCAACGCCACCACGCUGGAAGAUGUGCCCAGCGAGCCCCCGCAGAACGUGAGAGCAAUCUCUGUGACGUCAGACGAGGCGGUGAUCACGUGGUCGGAGCCGCCACGCAUGACGCUGCACGGCGUGCUGAAAGGCUACAGGGUUGUGUUUUGGUCCCUCUUCCCGGACGGAGAAUGGGGAGAGAUGCAGAACAUCACCACCACACGGGAACAAGUGGAGCUCCGCGGGCUUGAGAAGUUCACCAACUACAGCGUUCAGGUCCUGGCCUACACGCAGGCCGGAGAUGGAGUCCGCAGCAACGUGCUGUACAUCCAGACACGCGAGGACCUUCCCGGUCCGCCAGCCGGCAUCAAGGCGGUUCCUUCCUCUCCAAGCAGCGUGGUCGUGUCUUGGUUACCGCCUCUCAAACCAAACGGCGUUAUCCGCAAAUACACCAUUUACUGCUCCAGUCCAGGAUCUGGGCAGCCGGCGCCCAGCGAGUACGAGGCCAACCCCGAGAUGCUCUUUUACCGCAUCACGCACCUCAGCCGUGGCAAGCAGUACCACAUCUGGUCUGCAGCGGUGACAACCGCUGGCCGAGGCAACAUCAGCGCAAAGGUCACCGUGGAACCUGCUGGGAAAGUUCCGGCCAAGAUCCUUUCCUUCGGGGGGACGGUGACCACACCCUGGAUGAAGGAAGUGCGUCUGCCAUGCAGCUCAGUAGGAGAGCCCGCCCCCACCAUCAAAUGGACCAAAGACAGCGAGGACUCCACCCUUCCUGUGACAGCUGACAGCCAGCGGCAGAUCCUGUCCAACGGGACGCUGGUGCUGCGGUCAGUCAAAGCAGAGGAUUCUGGGUACUACACCUGCACGGCUACCAACACCUUGGGCUUUGACACCAUCAUUGUGAACCUGGUGGUUCAAGUUCCUCCUGAUCAGCCCCGUCUGACUGUCUCCACCACCUCCACCUCCUCCAUCACCCUGGCUUGGAUUCCUGGGGACAACGGAGGAAGUUCGAUCAGAGGGUUUGUGCUGCAGUACUCUGUGGACAACACAGAGGAGUGGAGGGAUGUGUUCAUCAGCUCCAGCGAGCGUUCCUUUAGGUUGGAUAAUCUGCGCUGCGGAACGUGGUACAAAGUCAAGCUGGCGGCUAAGAACAGCGUUGGCUCGGGUCGCAUCAGUGAGAUCAUUGAGGCCAAGACACAUGGAAGAGAGCCUGUGUUUAACAAGGACCAGCCGCUGCUCACACACAUCAACUCCACACACGCAGGACUGAACCUGCAGGGCUGGACCAGCGGCGGCUGCCCCAUCACCGACCUCAUGCUGGACUUCAGGCCCAAAGGCACGUGGGCCUGGCAGAGCCUCAAGGCCAACUCCACCAAUCAGCUGUUCCUCAGUGAGCUGCGAGAGGCUACGUGGUACGAGCUCAAAAUGAAGGCCUGCAACAGCGCCGGCUGUGGAAACCAGACCUCCCAGUUUGCUACCACCGACUACGACGGCAGUACGAUCCCGCCCAUCAAAUCAGCCCGUGGGGAAGGGGACGAUGUGAAAAAACUCUUCUCCAUCGGCUCUCCUGUAAUUCUGGUCACUCUAGGCGUGGCUUUACUCUUCAUCAUCCGCAAGAAACGCAAGGAGAAGCGGCUUAAACGGCUCAGGGAUGCAAAGAGCCUGGCUGAAAUGCUCAUCAGCAAGAACAACCGCAGCAUAGACACGCCUGUGAAGGGCCCUCCCCAGGGGCCGAGGCUCCACAUCGACAUCCCGCGAGUUCAGCUGCUCAUCGAGGACAAGGAGGGAAUCAAGCAGAUAGGAGAGGACAAGGCUGCGGUGCCGGUGACGGACACAGAGUUCAGCCAGUCCGUCAACCCUCAGAACUUCUGCACCGGAGUGGCUCUGCACCACCAGGCCCUCAUCCAGAACUCAGGGCCUCUGAUCGACAUGUCUGACAUCCGUCCCGGCACCAACCCUGUGUCAAGGAAGAGCAUCAAAUCCGCCCACAGCUCCAGGAACAGAUACUCCAGCCAGUGGACGCUGAGUCGACCCAGUCAGUCCACAGCUUCGGCUCGGACUCUGACCUCAGACUGGCGGACGAUGGGAUCCCACGGCAUCACCGCCACGGAGAGCGACAGCUACAGCGCCAGCCUCUCGCAGGACACGGAUAAAGGUCGGAACAGCAUGGUGUCGACGGAGAGCGCGUCCUCCACCUACGAGGAGCUGGCCCGAGCGUACGAACACGCCAAGCUGGAGGAGCACCUGCAGCACGCCAAGUUCACCAUCACAGAAUGCUUCAUCUCGGACAGCUCGUCUGACCAGAUGACCACGGGUACCAAUGACCCGGCGGAUAGCAUGACCUCCCUCAGCACGCCGUCUGAGCCGGGCAUCUGCCGCUUCACCGCCUCACCGCCCAAACCGCAAGACUACGACCGCGGGAAAAAUGUGGCGGUGCCCAUUCCCCACCGGGCGAACAAAAGUGAAUUCUGCAAUCUACCCCUUUACAUGAAGUCGGACCCAUUCUUCCGGAAGCAAGGGGACUCCCUGCAUGACCCAUGUCCAGCUGUGCCACCGCGGGAAGCCUCGAUUCGCAGCCUGACUCAGCGGGCAUACCACACCCAGGGCCGCCACAAGACUCUGGACUCGGCCAAGCAGCAGGCGCUGACGCUGGUUCACUCCGGCCUGGGCAGCCUGGGGGCCAGCUCGGGCACCUCCACCUUGCCCCAGAGGACUCUCACCAUGCCCAGCUCCAGCAACGCGGCAACGGCCUCCACGUCCAGCACCAGCAGCAACCCGGCCGGCAGCAACAAGGUGGGCGGCUCCAGAGACUCGCUGCUGGAGAGCAGCUCCUCAGCCCUGGGGAGGCUGCAGAAACAGAGCGUGGGGGCCUAUUCCAAGUCCUACACGCUGGUGUAGUCCAUUCUGCUGCACAGACUUGCACUGCUGCCCCGUUCCUCAGCCGGCGCAACCCUGGCUCUCAUCAGUCUGGGCCAGAACAGGCUUUCUGAAAGCCGAGCCAACGGUGAGCCGCCCAGCUUCCUGUCUACUUUUCCUCCAGAGGGGGCGGAGGUGUCCCCCCCCCUCUAGACAGAAACCCAGCUAACCCUUCUCUUCAUGUUUAAAAUGGAACUCAAUACGAGAACUACUAACUCCGACUAACAGUUCCAGCCGGCUGGUGCUCAGCUCCACUCAGUUCCUGCAGGAGACACACAGCCAAUCACAGAACGGGAUUCCUGCUAACGUGACUCUAACUGAAGAGCUGAUGGUUCCCAGUUCAUGACAACAAAGACUAUAGCAGCAAUUACGAAGCUGUGCGACCAUCCACACACACACACACACACACACACACAAUGUCCUUCAUAGUUUUUUAUUUAUUUUGUAUUUUUGGUCCAUUUGCAGGACUUCAGUUCAGUCCCCGGUUUUCUCUCACUCUCUCGGUGUCUCUCCCCAACAAGAAUAGGCAGAUUUUCCCCCUUUUUGAUUAUGAUCCCCCCAAAAAUGAAGGAUUCAGGUUCACCUCCUGGAUUAGUAUUCUCCACUCAUCUCUCUGCAGCUGAACCAUGUCUCAACUCUUCAACCCCAAUGAAGCAGCUAGAAUUUCUCACCUUGCAAAUAGAGAAUAUUUGGUAUUAUAAAGAAUUUUACAUAUAUAUUUCUAUGUAGGUAUAUUAUUGACAUUUAAGGGAAAUGAUGACAAAGUAUAAACUGUAUAUGCUACACCGAAGUGAUAGUUCUAUACAGCAGUUUGUUAGUGGCAAAUUUUAAGAAAGGAGGCAAUCGCUCAAUCAUUGAAGUUAGAAGUAGAGAAAAUUUAAGAAAAGUCGGACAUAAGAGAGAAAAUGUUUAGUAUAUAUAUGUGAGAUAUUCUGUAUGUUAGUGCUUGUUUGCGGGCUAACAGAAAGCGGGUUGGGAAGAUGUGUUUGUGUGUUUCUGGGGGGGAAACUAUCACUAUGCUGAUACACUAUAACGAUAUGAUAAUGAAAUCUUCUUACCCGGCAUGUCGGCCUGUGAGUCUGUGGUGGACAAGGUGUGCAAACGUCCUGCUAAUACAUUAAAUGUACCUUAAAUACAAAAAGUCGAGCAACACAAAGGAAAAAAAAUGCUGAAAUCUUAUAAAUAGAAGAGAGCAGCAAAAUGCAAAUGUGCCGCAAAUACAUAAACCUGCCGCAACACAUAAACGGCGCUGAUUCAAAGGGUAAAUGAGGGGAAAAAAGAACAGCUGCAAGUAAAGACAGAGAGAAACAGAAUGUCACUGGUCUAUAAACCGUUUUAUUUUUUUCUAUUUUUGCUGACCUCACAGUUACGUCUGAUAGCUGGAGGCAAAGAAAAAAAAGAAACUGUAGGAAAUCUUUGUAAACCAGCAUGGGAUUGGUAGGGAUUAGCCAUGAAAAUCCAGAUUUGAUUUUGACACCAAUUAAUUAACAUAUUGAAGCUCUUCGGGAAAUCUGUCUGCUUCCAGCAAAGCUCCGCCCACAGGAAUACGUCAGAGUGGGUGUGACAUUUAAAGGACCUGACCCACGUUGACCAGGUCCUUUAAAGAAGGCUGGAAGUGAGCGGCUGGGAAUGGGGACGGCCUACCGUCACCCCAGCGUUACUUUGGUCUUCUAACUGUGCUGAUGGAACCCAAAGCGUUUCUGUUUCUACUGUCCUUUAUCUUGAUAUAUUAAAAACAAAAAGAAGGUGCCACAGCCGCUAUGAGAGAAUUAACAGGACAGAUCAAAAAUCAGACAGGCCUGUUUCGCUUCUAUGCAGCUUUCCUUUGCAUCUGUUCUGUCGGUUUUUGUUUGCAGCUUUUGUAUGCAUUUCCAGCACAUUUGCACCCCUGGGCCACCAUUAGAUUCAGAAAUUAUAGUAAGGUUACGCCUCUCUUCUGUUACCACAACCUUCGACGUUAAGUCAAAACGGACCCAAAGUAGCUUAGAAAAGGCAAGCAAGUCAAAGGUUUACAAAACCAAACCUAAAAAUGCGUAACAACCUGGGAAAUCUUUCAAAAGACCCAGGUUCUCCGUCAUCGUGUCUCUAUCUCAGUGGAUGAAACACCUUCUUGCUGUUUGCUGCAAAUCGGUCCCAGACGCGGGCUGCUGUGAGGGGCCCCGGGUCUGCGGGGGCCGAUUGCCAAUCAUCACAGAUGUAGUCCUUUGCUUCUCAGCCAAAUAAAUAAGCUGAAAUGAAUGCCAGUCAUAAUGUGAAUGAAAUAUUAAUAAUAUUAAUGUCAAGAGAUGUUCUAUGUCAGGGAGUUCAAUUUUGCAGUUUAUAUGAUGUUCAUUGAAUUGAUAUCCUCGUUGUUGUCCUGUCUGAAAAACUGUAAAUGUCCCUCUUUUUUUUCUUUUCUUUUUUACCCCCUCCCCCCCUUUUUACACCAUUGUACAUGAAAACAGGAACCUAUUGGGAUGCCUUUUUGUCAAGCAUUCCAACAGUAGUGUUUCCUGUUUACUAUUUAUUUCUCCAUUUGCUGUUUGUUCGUCUGCUCUUUUUUUUUUUGAGGGGGUGGGGGGGGUUCUGUUGGUUUUUAUUGCUCUCCAGUUCUGUCAGUUUGUUUCCAGAGGUCCAGCAGUACCAGGCCUGUGGUUUUACACCGGUUCAGCCUAUUGAAAUCAGGGACUGUGGCUCUUUUGGUCCAAACUGAUAUCAUGUUGUGUAAACACUGGACCAGAGCCGUUCUGUAGAACUGCUUCGUUUCAGCUCUCGCCUUUGACCCCCCACCCCGACCCACCGUGAUGAACGGAGGAUUAUGCCACCACCUCCCCAACCCACCUGGAUCAUCAUCUCUACCUUUUGUCGGUGUUGUUUUUAAGUCCAGUCUUGAACAUCACACACAGUUUUGUAUGAAGAGCUAUUUUCUUCAAAAUAAAUCAGGGGACACAUCAAGGUGGAAAGUCCCUCUUUCAAAACUGAAAUAACAUCACAAUUUUUUUUUUUCUUAAAAAAAAUGGACAAAUACGCCCCCUCCCCCCCAUAUGUUUUUGAUACUAUUUGUUAAUUUCUUGUCUUUUUAUUUAAAAAAAAAAAUCAGAUUUCGAUGUUGUCAUUUGUCCUAUUUACUUUUUUAUUGUUUUCUAUUUUGUUCAACCCUUGAAAAAGUCAUUGCAUGCUUGCUAAAAGGGAAAAAAUGAUGGAAAAAUGUUUGAAAAAAAAAUUUGCUGAGGAUAUCCCAAACAUUUCUUUUAAGUUGCUUGUUACAGCAAUUGCUUGUGUUCAAAGGUACAUUUUCUAUGAAAAAGCAAAAACUAAAAAGAUCAUUCUAACACCUUGUGCAAUAAAGCUAUCUUUCAUA